AUUUGUAGAUGUUUCCUAUAGAAUGGGGGAAGGCAGCCCCAUUGAUUCAGAGGUUUGGAAUUUGCAUCUGAUUGCUGUUUGUCAACCAAUGGCUUGACUCGCCGCCCGCAGCACCGCCUCAGAUUAGACGCACAUAUGAUGUUACUGCCAAAUUAACCUCUAUAUCGAAAUCAAAUGAGGAAGAGAGACGCGCUUUAGACAGAGCACGAGCCAUACUGUUUCUAUAGGCUCUCGUGCGUUCGUGACUGUGAUCCAAAAUUGACGGAUAGCGUCGCGAGCGGCUUGUUUUUACGGGGAAAUCAGGAAUGUUCCUUCCGCUUCCCAAGAAAAAAAAACUAAACGGAAGUUAAACUGGUAGGCCCCUUUGUGUGGGGGUCAUCUUCCCCUUAGCUGUCUGCUGGUGUCCAUCGAGUACUAGACCAACACUUCUGGUUUCCUGAAGCCCUUCUUCUGGAUCAAGUUCACAGAAAGAGGUGUGAUCUGUUUUGGGCUGUGGGGGAAGUGAAGGGGUCAGAAUCCCAGCGUGUCCUGUUUCCCAGGCAAUGAAGCUGCAGGCGGUGAUGGAGAACCUGCACAGACAGCAGAGAGCCAAACUGCUGAUGGAGCAGGCGGGGCAGUCGCACAGCCCCACCCCCAUGGGGGAGGAGCUGAAAGCAGCCUCCGCCUCUGAACCCGAGCAUGCGCAGAUGGUGGCGCUUGCAGCAAUGCGCGCUGUAGCAGCUGGGCUUCAGAGGGCCGACAGUCCCAUGUCUGACCACAGCAGUGGAGGAGACGACGAUGAUGAAGAGGAGGAUGAAGAGGAAGGGGAGGAGCAAUAUAAAGAUAUGAUGGGGUCUGAGGAGGAAGAGCAGAUAAAACAGAAAUGGGAUGAAGAUGACUUUGAGGGUGAGAUGGAGGAAGACUAUGAUGAUGAUCUAGGUGAUGAAGGGCUGCCGUCGGGGCGUGAGGCCGUCACCCCUGGCAGAGGCAUCCUCCUCUUACCCCACCGCCAUUUACACCCUCACUCCCAGCUGCUAAAGGCUCGGCCUGGUUCUGAGAGCGAAGCGCGGCCGCUGACUCACUCCGCUCAUUCAUCCCACGGGCCACUCCAUGGACAGGACCACGCAGACUGGACCUAUGAGGAGCAGUUCAGACAGCUCUAUGAACUAGACAGUGACCCGAAGAGGAAGGAGUUCCUGGAUAAUCUGUUCAGCUUUAUGCAGAAGAGAGGGACGCCAGUGAACAGGAUUCCAAUCAUGGCCAAGCAGGUGCUGGACCUCUACAUGCUGUAUCAGCUGGUGACAGAGAAGGGGGGGCUGGUGGAGGUCAUAAAUAAAAAGUUGUGGAGGGAGAUCACGAAGGGCCUGAACUUGCCGACCUCCAUCACCAGCGCUGCCUUCACUCUCAGAACACAGUAUAUGAAGUAUCUGUAUCCUUACGAAUGUGAGAAGAGGGGUCUCAGCAACCCCAACGAGCUGCAGGCGGCCAUCGACAGUAACCGGCGAGAGGGACGCAGACACAGCUUUGGCAGCUCGCUCUUCACCUACUCGCCCAACGGGACACCCACAAUGCUCUCCUCUCCCAAACUCUCCAUGCCACCCAUGGGCAUCGCCCUGCCCAGCAACGGAGCAUCGGUCUCAUCCUUACAGAGAAUUAAGAAAGAGGAUGACGGAGUUCAGGCCCGUCUGCCAGUGUCUCUGGCCACUCAUUCAGUAGCUGCGGCUCAGGCUGCAGCUGCGCAGGCGGCCACCAUCGCACAGGUAGCUGCGCUGGAGCAGCUGCGGGACAAGCUGGAGUCCGGCGAGCCUCCGGAGAAGAAGAUUGCACUACCACUGGAGGACCACCAGCGGCUACUGCAGAGAGCCCUUCAGCACAACCUGCUGGCCAUGACGGCACAGAUCCCCAUGAACAUCCGCAUCAACAACCAAGAAAGCAGGCAGGACUCCGCCAUGAACCUGAACAGCAAUGGCCUAAACAGCAUCAGCAUGUCUGUGGAGCUCAAUGGAGUCGUCUACACCGGUGUUCUCUUCGCCCAGGCUGCGGCGCCGAACUCAUCUAACAAAUCUUCUGCAGGCAACAACGGGCCUCAAUCAGUUCACCACACACCUACCUCAUCCUCCUCCUCCAACAACCAAUCGCCUUAGCACCUCAGACUCUUCCUCAGUGCAAAACCAAAGCCAAAAAACCUCAGUUACUACACAAGAUAUGCCAAAAAAACAGUGCAGGAAUAACUGAAUCGUUCUCAACUUGAAGUACACUAGCUCAGGUCUUUUAUUUACACUCUCCUUUGUUCAGGAGUCAAAGAAAAUCUAAAAUAACAACAGAGUUUAUUAUAAAGAUGAUGAUGUAUAUGCAAAACCUGUGAAUAAUUUAUUUCUCUUUCUGUGAGCACACUGUCUGGCGUUAACAAGGCAGUAGGAUUCUGCUUUUUAGGGUUUUAUAGUCUCUGACUGACAAAAGCUUUUCGUCUAUAGGCAAAACCAUAACAAUAGUAUUAUUGUUAUAACGUGUGAUGCAAACAGCUUAAGGAUCUGAACUAAUAAUAUAUUGUAGAUUUGAUUUUCUCUGUGUAUGUAUCUGCAGUGCCUUGUGAAGGUUUUUCCUUAGCACAGUUUGAAAGUGCCGUUGACAGGCCAACGUCUUCAGCACGAACACAAUACAAAGUGCGUAUUGUCAGAAGUUUUGCUGUUUUUAUUUUUUGCUUUCCUAACUCAGAGCUUCAUAUCAGUCAGUGAAGAUUCAGGAUAGUUCAGCCAAUAAAUAAAAACACCCUCAAGUUGUUUCAGACCUGUAUGAGAUUGUUUCUUCUGCUGAACAGUUUUGUUUCCAACAGAAGAAAUUAUACAAGUUUGGACAGAAUGUUCGUUUUUGGGAGAGCUGUCUCUUUAAGGAGCUGAUUCACGCAUGCAUUUGUAUUUGUGUUCAUAGCAUGUUUGCAUCUUCACGACUGCUGGCAAACUCUGGAGGUCACGUUCUCCACGAGUCCGAACGUACCUGGACCUGCCACUUAUUUUGGCCAAUAGUUGCUCUAAAAUACAAGUGGAAAGAGUUCAGGUCGUUUUUGUGUCAAGCUUUCUCUCAGAUCAGCAGUUUGGCUGAAGAUAAUUACAAUUUGACCCAAAGCAUGACAGUGUAAUAGGUUCAUUUUAAGAUCUGAACAAACAAAUCAUCUUGUGUUUGAAUACUACACUAACUGGAGAUCUUUAGUUUGGCGUUUCGGCUUAAUCGAAUGCAGUUUUGAGGGAUCCAGCGAUGCAGCCGUUUCUGGUUAUGUACAGCGCAAAUCAGAGGAGAUUCUCAUUGCAAUGUCAUGUUUCGAAAAGUGUCUUGAGGAAAAUGAAAUGUUCUCUUCUGAAGGGAUUUGAAGGAUGUGGCUUCCUGUGUUUAACAGAUCAGCCCCUUCAAGGUUGUUUUAAAUCGUCUCAUCGACUCUUCCUGGUCAGUCUUUUAUCAACAUGUAGCUACAGUUUAUGAAUUAUGUCAAGCUCUUCUAGCAUUACACUGUAUGCGAGGUGAAAAUACCCACUUGUUGGGCAUCGAGAGGUGAAAUGUUCAACUACUGUCUUCGCUCAUAAGAAGUCGAAUCAUUAUUUGGAGUUUGAUAGGCGAGAAACGCUCCAGGCUUUAUGGAAAUCGGGUUUCCUUAAACUGAAAGCCUUAUUUGAAUCUUGCAGCGACUUGAAGUUAAAUGCCUCGAUCCCUCAUUUGGGAUCAAGCUUGCAGCCUUUGCUUUCGCAGCCGAGAUCCUUAACCGUCAAACUGUUAAUGCAUAUAACUCUGUUAUUCAGUUGCUGUACAGAAAACAGUCUAGAAUCUUACCGUUUCUGUCUGUCUUGUACAAUAUUGUAGUUUUUUCCUGUCUAGAAAAGGACACUUCAUUUUAACACACGUCAAAGUCAUUACUGCCAAAAUCUCUACCUCAAACACUCAUUUAUCAGUUAAGAUCUGUUUGCAAGCUUUUCCAGUUCAUCACUUUUCACAUGGAUCUACCGGCUGUGAGGAAGAACAGGGCAUAUAUAUAUAUAUAUAUAUAUAUAUAUAUAUCCACUUUCAUUCUUUGACUUCUUAAUGUAUUAGCCGUCAUAUCCAGCCCCUUUUUUGCUUGAAACUGUAAAAACGUCAGGUUUUUCUUCAACGCACAUGUGUUUCAUCUGCAAGCCCGCCUUUUACAAUCAAAUCCCUCAACUUCUAAGUGACACACUGAUGUAUAACAGUAGAUCUUUAUUGUAAUGACCUUUCCCUAGUGUGUUUUCUUUAGUUUUUCUAGGAAACGAUACUGUUACCACACAGAGUAAGACAGAUACACGUAACACCCGUUUCAAACUGUUGGUAUCCAGGUCUUUCUUUUACUCUGCUGUAUGCCUUAACGUAUGCAAAUUUGAAUAUAGCAUGCUAAUGUACUCCACUUUAUUGCAAGGACAACCAAACUGCUGUACAAUAAACCUUCGCUGUUAUCGGAGGAUGCCUUAUUCUUUGAUAAUUCUUUGUUUGCUUUUGUCUGUGCAGUUCUUAACGUUACACUAAAAAUCAAGUCAUUCACUUUUCCAUUUCUUAGACAGUUGUGAAGUUUAGGUUUUGCGUUAUAAGGCAUGUGUGGUCUUCUCAGGAAAUACACUUCUACCUCUAUUUACACAGAUAUGUUCAACUUAGUGCUGCGGUCACAGUGCAUGUAAAAUUUUACCCUUUUAUAAUGGCAAUGCUUAAUGUAUCCAUGUUGAUUCGAGGAUUAUUAAUGGCAAGUAUAUGAUUUUUUUUUUCUUUUCUAAAUAUCCCUUUCUUCUGAGAGUGCUUUUGAGUUUUGGCUUGCUUAGGUUGAAUCUGAAAUUGCUCCUAGGAGAGCAGGUUUUGGUUACGGUGCUUUGUGUAUCACUGUGCACCAGUUCCACUUUUUAAAAUGUUUGAAUUGCGUAGUGUCAACCUCUUGACCGCUUCUAUUAGGGGUGAAGGACAAAGACACUCCUAACCUAUUUAAUCUGUUUGUGUGGAUAAUUAACAUUAUUUUGAAAAGAAAUAUACCGAUAUGUAACUGGGGGGGUGGAUAUGGGAUUCAAAGAAUGUCACAUAAGUGCUGUUAUGGUCAGAUUAUUAUGGAUUGAAAAUACUCUAUAAUCUAUAUUUUGGGAAAUCAUCACACCACACUUGUACCUCUCUCAGUGUGAAUGCUGAUAAUGAGGCAAAAACACCUCAACACAGGUUCAAAAACAAAUGUAGUUGUAGUAGAUAGACUUGAAUUUUUCUUUUUUUAACCAAAGUUAUUUGCAUUUUUUUUAUAUAUGUUGUAAUGUAAAGGUAAUUCCGGAGCUCCAGUUUGGGUGUGUCUGUUUUCUGUUGAGUUCAGUACGUUAUUGCCUCGUUUUAAAUAUAUAUAAAAAAAUAAA